AUGCAAAACCAUAUGAAACAGAUCAUAUUUCUCAGGUUUAGCAUGCCACAGAAAGUGCCUUUGCGCCUUUCUCACCGCCAUUUGCAUCUUCACAUAUCUUUCAACCUCGGGAUGUCUUUCUCCGCAACAAUGACCGAGAACGCACUCCAAUCAAGAACCUCGAAGAAAGGUGGCACAAAGUUGUCGGAGAUGAUCACAGGGACACACUCAUAG